AUGAAUGGCGGCGAUGUUGAAGCUGCAGGAUGUCAUGACGACGAGAGGAAAGCUCUUUUGGAGUUCAAACAUGGAGUCAUGGAUCUAUCAGGCAGGCUUUCAUCUUGGGUUGGACAAGAUUGCUGUAAAUGGAAAGGAGUAAGCUGUCACAACAGAACCGGACGCGUGGUUCACCUCGAACUUCGCAACCCCUGUCCGAACUGCGAAUGGUAUUGCAAGGGACAUGAACUGCACAUCUUGGGAGGUGACAAGAUCAGUCCUUUGAUUGUAUUGAAAGAUUUAAAUUACUUGGACUUGAGCUGGAAUGCAUUCUUCGAAACCGAAAUUCCUGCCUUCCUUGGUUCUCUGCGAAAACUGAGAUAUCUCAAUCUUUCUAAUUCAGGUCUUGAUGGACCAAUUCCUCACAAUUUUGGAAACCUCUCGAGGUUGACUUAUCUCGAUCUCAGUACCCUUCAAGAUGCCCUUCAAGAUCCCCUCGUUAUCAUGGGAGAUCGACAUGACGUUGAAUGGCUUUCCCGUCUUUCUUUUUUAAAGUAUAUUAACUUGGGUGGUUUGGGGUUUCCCUAUAGGGCUGUGACCCAAACUCUUAAUAACCUCCCAUCACUAGAGGAAUUGCACUUGCCUGAAUGUGGCCUUUCAAGUGCCGAUCUUAAUCUUUCUUUUGUUAAUUUCACAUCUCUUAGGGUGCUUGACCUCUCAGGCAAUAACUUGAACUCCACAUUACCUCACUGGGUUUUCAAUCUCAAAAAUCUAGUUCACCUUGAUCUAAGUGGCUCCAAUCUCUCUGGACAAUUUCCUGAUGGAAUUGUUGAUUCUCUUGAACACCUGGAUUUUUCAGACAAUGGAAUUGGAGGUCGUCUCUCAAGUAAUUUGGGAAAGUUAUGCAAUCUGCGGACUUUGAAACUAAGUCAUAACGCCAUUAGUGGUGAAAUAACAGAUUUUGUCAACAAAUUGUCUGCAUGCUCCAACUACAGCUUAGAGACACUGGACUUGAGAUUCAAUGCAUUCAUGGGAAAUCUGCCAGAAACUUUGGGAUAUAUUAAGAGUCUAAAAGUUCUUCAGCUGCAGAAUAACUCAUUCCAAGGUAAAAUUCCUGAAUCCAUUGGAAAUUUAUCGUCGUUGGAACAAGUUUCCCUGCGGAAUAAUCGAAUAAGUUUCAUCCCAAAAAGUCUCGGACAGCUCUGCAAGCUUGUUGUGUUGGAUAUCUCAAACAACCCAUGGGAAGGCGUCAUAACCGAAGCUCAUCUCGUGAAUCUUUCCAGCCUGGAGGAGUUUUCUAUCGGUAAUGAAUCCCAUAACAUUUCAAUGGUCUUCAGUAUAAGCUCUAAUUGGAUACCUUCUUUUAACCUCCGACAACUCGACAUCCAAUCAUGCCAAUUGGGUCCUAAAUUCCCAACUUGGCUUCAAAAUCAAAAUCAGCUCAACAUACUGGAACUCAAGAAUGCAAGCAUUUCUGACACCAUACCUGAUUGGUUUUUCCAAUUGGAUUUGCAGCUUGAUACACUAGAUUUGGCUCAUAAUAACAUUAGUGGCAGGCUGCCAAACAAAUUAAGGUUUUUUGCUGAUUCGACCAUCAAUUUGGGUUCAAACCAAUUUGAUGGCCCUCUCACACUGUUUUCAUCAAACAUUUCCUCAUUGUUGUUAAAUAACAAUAUGCUUUCUGGAUCAAUCCCUUCUGACAUUGGCAAAGCAAUGCCCAUGUUGACACAUUUAGAUUUCUCUUGGAACUCACUCAAUGGAGGCAUUCCAUUGUCCAUAGGUAAUCUAACUCAAUUGGAAUUCUUUAUAAUCUCUGAUAAUCAUUUAUCCGGUCAAGUUCCUGAUGUGUGGAAAGAUGUGAUGGGGUUGAGAGCUUUGGAUGUGUCAAACAACAUGCUUUCUGGAACAAUCCCCAAAUCAAUUAGUUUUCAUCUAAUGCUCAAUCUUUUGCUUCUAUCUAACAACAAUUUUUCUGGAGAACUUCCUUCUUCCUUGCAAUAUUGCUCAUUCCUUGUUAGUCUAGAUCUUGGUGAUAACAAAUUUUCGGGGAAACUUCCGCCCUGGAUAGGAGAAAACAUGGGUCACUUGAUGAAUUUGCGAUUAACGGCCAACUUCUUCAGUGGAAACAUUCCUCCAGAAUUUUGUGGCCUUUCCAUGCUUCACAUCUUAGAUAUUUCACGCAAUAAUUUGUCAGGUCAUAUUCCACAUUGCCUUGGUAAUUUGAAUGAGAUGAAAUCUGGUCGGAUAGAUGUUGAAGAAUUUCUAGCGUCAUUAACUAAUGGAAGUUUGAAGAUAGUGACAAAAGGAAGGGAGAUGGAAUAUAGCUACUCCAAACUCUACCUUGUUGAUAGUAUUGAUCUAUCCGACAAUAACUUAUCAGGGGAGAUUCCUGCGGAGUUAACAAGUCUCAUAGGACUGCAAACUUUGAAUUUAUCAGCAAAUCGUUUGACAGGGAAGAUCCCAUCAAGCAUAGGUAACUUGACAUUGCUAGAAACUCUUGAUCUCUCAAGAAACAAACUUUUUGGUCCAAUUCCAGUCAGCAUGACUUCUUUGACAUUCCUGAAUCAUUUGAACCUCUCGUACAACAACUUGACAGGAAAAAUCCCAACUGCUAACCAGUUCUUAACCUUUGAUGAUCCAUCAAUCUAUCAAGGCAAUGUCGGCCUAUGUGGAAAGCCUUUGGACAAUGAUUGUUUGGGCAGCAGCCAAUUUGGUACUCCAAGAGGAGAGAAAGAAGAGAAAGAUGGUGACCUUGGGGAUAAGACUGAGAAGGUCGGCUUCUACAUCAGCAUUGCACUAGGCUUCAUUGUGGGGUUUUGGGGUGUUUUUGGCAGCUUGAUCAUUAACAAGUCUUGGAGAUAUACCUAUUUUGGGUUUGUUCAGAGGGUGAGUGAUACUUGUUUUGUACUGUUUCAUAGAAUGUUUAGAGGAAGAAAUGUAGCGGAGUGAGUGAUGCAGUGGCAUCCGAGCUGUCAUCCUAGAUGGCAUCAAUAAUCUGGUUUUACUUUUAUUUUUAUUUAGCUUUGUUAUUUUUAAAUUGCAA